GAGCCUCCGAGUUCAGGAGAGAUGUCAGGUGAGGGUGAGGAAGAGCCGACUCACAUACCAUUAUAUGCAGAUCCUCCAGUUAUACUUCGAGCAUACAUUCCUGGGAUUGAGCGCGGGCCCUUACCAGCAUGUGCAGAGGGGUACAGACUCAAGCAGAACGAAAAAUACAUGCUUGCGAAAAAAAGAUUAGAUGAAUGGGCCCCACAGAUUGAUGAGAUUUUGUCUGAUGCAAAAAAUGAAAUCAGACAAAGAUUUGGAGAAAAACUUUACCAGAAGAAAGGACGCCAAGGAAGUGACUUUAAAAAAAAGUUACCACCGGAUGGUUUUCGAGCAAUUGUGAGAUGGGGACAUAAUGGGAUUCCAACCGGACAGUGGGCUAAUAACUUCAGCUCAUACCUUGGAUGUUUGAUACAGAGGGGUGAUAAUGUGAAUCCCUAUUACGAGGCUUGGGAGCAGCCAUUUCAUGUCCUGGAGAGUAUAUAUCGAGAUUGUUGGAGAUAUUUCAACAUCGAAGACAAUCCCGUAGGGUGGGAAUUUUUAUUUGGAUACCAGGGAAAGUUCAAGCAUUCUCUUCGGGAGUGGAGACAUGAGAUAAAGAAGAAAUGCUUUGAUUGUUUCACUCACAACUGGGAGAGGAUAUACAAGCGAGAUAAGAGGGUUGAGCCUGAGCACUUAGCUGCACUUAUAAUAUUGUGGGGCCAAGAGGAGCACCAGGAAAAAUGUAGGAGAAAUAAACUUAAUCGAUGGAAAAAAGAUUAUGAUCAUCAUACGGGGACUACUUCAUUUGCCCAGAUUGAGGAUCAAUUUUGUAGGACAACGAACGCUCCCUUUAUCCCACUACCAGAACUGCACAGGAGAACGAUGGUUCAAUUUAAGAAGGGGUACGAUGACGAUGAGAAUAGGAAACAAAAGCUAGAAUUGGCGAAGAAAAUGCAGGAAGCUCUGGAAAACACAUAUUCUGAGGUUGUUGCACAGAGCCAAGAGCCCCUGACUAGAGAGCAGAAUUAUAAUGUGAGCCAUCUAGUUUGUGGACUUCCUAAAAAAGGGAGGACCAGGUGGAUGGGAGUUGGAGCUCAGAGGGUGUCUACACAAUUCCAGCCUCCGUCGAUUUCAACACCAUCGACUAUGCCAUCGGGGCCCUCUUAUAUGCCGCAGGAGGAUUGCACUCAGCAGGCGAUGCAGCUUGUUUCCUCUGUGAUGAGUAUGUUAGAUGGUCAGAUUCCCGAGGAGAUGUGGGAGGAUAUUCAAGAGGAGCUUAUGCGAGUGAUCCAGCCUACUGCUACUUUUGCGAUGGUUUCUAGGCAAAUAAUGAAAUCUUGUAGAUGGCGGGUUCCUACUCGGGUGCAAAGCCAGAUUUUGAACUUCUUGGCCACUCAAAAGGCAGUUACUGGUAGUGGAGAGAGUAGCAGACAGAUUGGAGAUGAUACUAUUGAGAGCACGAGUCGUAAGGAUGGAUCCGCCAGUGGCAACGCGGACGAUGACAUGGAUACGGCAGAUGACCUAUCUUAG